AUGCUUUUGAGUUUGGCCAGACUUUCUAGGCGACCCGAUACAAGACCUUUAUAUCGCCGUUUGCUUACAAAUCGACGUUUGGAUAUUUUGCAUUUGAGUGAGGUAUUGUCAGAUUCAUUACUCUCGCCUUUUUGCCUUACACUUCUUCAUUUAUUGUUACAACUGGUUUUAUUUAUUAUCUUUACGAAAAACCAAUUAAGAAACAAGAAAGGCGACGUUUGGAAUUUGAAAUUUUACAGGCUCAAUUGGCUGGAUUUAAAUUUAAAGAAGAAAAUAAUUAAAAUGAAUGUUGUUGGAAAGGUCAAAAAAAUUGGAAGCAUUUACAAUGGUGUUGGUGGUCGUUGGAGAAGUAAUUUUAUUUCGGAAUUAGCCCAUACAUUAAUGAGAAAUGAUUUGUCACUUUUUAUUUUUGGUUUUGGAAUUGGAGCUGGAUUAGAAUUAAUUAAAAAUCAUUUAAUUAUUGGACAAGUUUCUUUUUACAAAGUUUUUCGAGAAAAGAAUGUCCCUAGGGAAUUGGAAGGGUUUGAAAAUGAUUUGAAGGAAAGAGAACAAAGAAUUGAAAGUAGUUUGAAAAGAAUGAGAGAAGAAAAUAUGAAAUUAAAUUAA